UCUCACACGGCCAUAGCAAGGAGCAUUCACGGCGUUCAUCACCCACACUCACCCACUAAAAUAAGACAAAAAUAACAAGGAAUCACGUCAGAUACAACAACACCAUAGAAGGCAUGUUGUGGAAACGGUCUCAUUCUUUUAGAGCAUGGGCGCGCGCAGAAAUUCUCCUUGUCUCAUCACCUCCAAGUGCUGGAGCGUGGCAUCGGUCGCUUUUCCUUUUGUCGAAUACCCAAACCAGUGUUACUAUUAUUUUACCCCAAAGCAUGUACGACAUCUCGCCUGUCCUUAGCUUCACUCCGCAAGCGCUCCACUACCAUCAGUGUCGAGCUGGACAGAUGACGGGUCUUUUUUUAUUCCUUCUCUAUACAUAGCUAGUGAAUUCAAGACUUGCACACUCCAAAACAAGACUCCAUUAUUGAAAUGCUGUUUCCUGAUGUGUUGCCUCCACGUCCCAAACUAAUCUAUC